UUACUGUCUUCCUUCACAGAGCAGUUCACAGUGAAUGGCAUUCAGGGGCCAAUCAUGGCUCCAUUAGGUGGAAAAGUUGAGUUCAGUAGCCAGGUGUCCCCACCACAGAGUGCAGAACACAUAGAAAUAUGCUGGUUCUGGAACCACUACACAAAACCUGUUCACCUGUACUAGAAUGGUAAAGACUUGUAUGGAGAAACCAUCUCCAAGUAUGUGGAGUGGACAGAGCUCCUUAAAGAAGCCACUGGAGAGGGUCAGGUGACCCUCAGGAUCCUUAAUGUGAAUGCUGCUGCUGAUGGGUGGUACCAUUGUUUCUUCAAAGAUGGUGAUUUCUGUGAUGAGGUCAUCAGAGAAGUGAAGGUCACAGCUACAAGCCUGGAAACGCAGAUUCUUGUGCAUCCUUCUAAUACCAAAGGCCUUUUAGUGGAGUGUAAUUCAAGAGGUUGGUUCUGGCAACCUCAGAUGGAAUGGAGAGACAGCAGAGGAGAGAUCAUUCUACCUUCAUCAAAAUUUUACUCACAGGAUACUCACAAAUCAUUCAAUCUGAAGAUGACCCUUCUUCUAAGAUGGAGCUCCUAUGGGAAUGUCACUUGCUACCUUCAACCUGUAACUGGUCAAGAGGAAGGAACAAGCAUUGUCCUUUCCGAUAAACUGUUUCCAUGGAAUACAAUUUAGAUACUGAUUCUGGUCAUAAUUCUGGUUCUGCUGCUGACAUUUAUCAUGGUGCCCAGUGUCGAUUUAUAUUACAGAUUACAAGAUUGCUCCUGCAAUGUGAUACCUCCUUGGCCAGUGGGCAUACCGGUAUUCUUGACGUCAAUAUGUGUGACUGUCUUCCUCAUUAUCUAUUUGCAUCACAAAAAAAGAGUCCCCAUUUCAGAUCCACAUUUCCAGUUGGAUGUCAUGUAUUUGGAAGAUAUGACUCUGAUCCUGUGUGUUCUGAUGGUCUUUAUCACCAUGGUCAUUUCCUUUAUUUACUUUAGAUUCAGAGGCAGAGCCUCCGAGGCCCUACAGUGGAGGGUAACUAACUGGUCCAGGGCUCCCAGGGGUGGCUGGAGAGCAGAGACUGGAGCUUCAUGCUCUGCCCAGCUGGCACUCUUCCCCCUUUGGUUCCCUCUUCCCCCUGCGAAUAAGGAAUGUUGCCCGCCCUGUCAGUCAACAAAGGGUGCUGCAGACGUCACAGCAGCCACGCCCGAAGACCCACAGGUGAGAAGAAUCAAAGAGAGGACUGGCUGGCGGGGAGGGGGCCAAGAAAUGACCUCUGAUGAACUUUUAGGCAAGAGGCACUGUACUAUCCACCCUGAAGAAGGCAAUGUGCUACCCAGAACCCAGCAGGCUUUCCAGCCAGGCCUACCUGGGGCCUUCCUGGUUGAGAGUGCAUCUCAGACCAUCAUCUGUGAAACAAGCACAGAGGCUUGUGGGAUCUGCAGCAUCAUGGCUCUGCCCUCUCGCCCCUCUGCUGGCCCAGUCCCACUGAUGAGCAGUCCUCGGCCUGCAGACUCCAUUGAACACUGCCAGAUUUGGAACUCUCAAGGCAGCCCACUGUUAGGACAGCUGUCCCUGUUUUAA